UCGAUCCGAACGAACGUCGUUCCGAUCCGCUGGUACAACAAAAAAGAUACACCUAUCCGGAGACUGUGUGCGUGUGUAUCUGUAUCCGUGAGUGCGAUGAGAUUGCCGGUUUAAGAUUUGUGUAUUUCUACCUGUGCCCCAGAAGUGCCUCAGUGUCUUUUAUUCGGUCUGAUAUCAGAAUUAUACACACCAAUACGAAACGUAUCUGGCAGACACCGCACGCAGCCCCUUAAAUCGCUAUCGAACGGCGGUGUAUGCAAAGUAGCAGCAACGAAAGCAACGAACCCAGCGAACUCCGAAAACGAAUUGGAUAAUUUCUUUGCCAAACAACCCAGAAUUUGGCGGAUUGCCAAAGUUUGCCCAAGCAAUUUCUACGAACGACAAGCGGCCAGGCACUAUAUGCGAAAGUAUCCUGCAACCAGUAAGGCUUUUGCGCGCCGAAUUGUAUGCUUUGAGGCGCAAGGGUGCGUCUAAGGUCGUUGGUGGAGUGCAGCCAUUCGAUGCCACACAACAACAACAGACAACCAUGCAGCCCAAUCAACAACAACAACAGCUCGAACAACACAACAACCACAACGCACACACGAGCGACCAGAGUCGCCACUGCGCCCGCUGCAACACCGAAUUGGGUCGCAUCACCAACCGCGGCGCCCCCUGUCGCGUCUGCAAAUUGCGCGUCUGCAAAGCCUGUCGCGAAUUCACAUCGCGCACCACGGACUGGGUGUGCGUGGUGUGCCACAAGCAAAUGGAACUACAAUCAGCCAGCGGCGAGUGGCUGAAGGACGCCUAUGCCCUGGGCUCGUGCAGUGCCGUCGACCAUCUGACCACCAGCGAUGUGUUGAGGAAGAGCAUCCGACGUUCUUGGACCAUAUCAAAUCCCGAGGACGAUCCGAAUAACCCCAACUCGCAGCAGCCGGUGGCGGACAACCUGUAUCCGCAGCAGCAGCACCUGAUUGAGGCCCAGUCGGCGGGCAGUUACCCCACCCUGCACCAGCACCACCAGCAGCACCACCUGCCCCCGCAGCCGAGACCCACGCACGGCAUCGGCUACGGCAGUGGCACUGCCACGCCCACCACCAGCAGCAAGUGGCAGUUGGGGCGACGGGUCCUGCGUCAGUCGACGCUCCCGACCAGCCUCAACAACGACCCCACCCUCAGCGGCAGUGGUGGCAACCUGGCCAACUACAAUUCCGUGAACCUAACGGCGCCCACAUCGCCGCAUCAGCUGCAGAAGAGCCCGCUCUAUCCGAGCGCCUACAACAGCGACGACGUCAUCCACAUGAACACCAUGCCGGGAAUGGGAAUGGGAGUGGGCGUGACGGUGGAUGACUGCGACAACUACGCACAGCAGCAGCAGCAGCAGCCCCAGCUGGAGGUCACGCCCACGCAUCACCGGCUGCAGGUGCGCCGUCAAUCCACGCUGCCGGCUCAGCCCACUCCGGCCAUAUACAUGUCCACCUCCCCGAACCGCCUGUACAGUCGCUCCCCGGAAAGAUCGCCGGGGGAGCACCAGCGCUAUCCGCCCUUCAUGAGGCAGACCUCGUUCCCGGAGCCGCCCAGCACCUACCAUCGCACCAAGUUGUUGCCCAGCACGGGAGCACCUCCCUCGACGGUGGCUCCACCGCCUUUGAACUACGAAUCGCAGGCCUCCAGUUUGGCCAGCGGUGAGCAGGAUGUCGGACCCAUGCCCAAGCCGAGAAUGACGCGGCAGGCCACGCUGCCGAAUCCCGAGCAGCAUGUCAAGCUAUUGCCCACAUCGCCGCCAAAACGGCAGACUUCCCCGCAAAUCCGCCGAUCCCCGGAGUUUAUGCGCCAGCAAACGCUGCCCAAUCCGGAGGCUUUUAGCAGUGGAAACACCCUGACAGUACACUCCACGCCACCGGCGAAAUUCAUGCCCAUUUCACCGAGGGCCAAGCAGAAUUUCCUCUUCCCAAGUGUCCCGAAUCCGCGGCAGUUCCUCUCCCAGCCCCAUGUGCCCGCUGUGGGAGGCACUGAUCUGGGAAGUGGAGGCAGUGUGGCCAGCACCAGUGCCGGUGGUGGAGAGCAGUACUCCAGCAGUCAGAGCGUGAAUAUCCAUCACUCCCGAGAUCCCCAUGCCAAGAUGAUCAAGGUGCGCAGUCACAGCAACGAGGAGUACUCGAACACCAAGGGGCAUCCGGAGAACAGGAGACUUCUGCCGGAGAUUCCAACGGCUGUCCAGCGGACUGGCGGUCGAUCGCCCAGUCGCUUGGUGCGACAGGAUUGCCUAAAGGAGGAGAGGACUUUCGGGGAGGCCAAGCAACAGUUCCACCAGUUUCCCGAUGUCACCGAGGAGUUGGACAAUCGUCCGGAAUACGUGGAUUACUUCGGGGAUAGUGCCACCAGUUUCUUGGAGUCGGAUGAAGUCCAGUACGAGCGGAACUAUAACGCAGGAUUCAGCAGUGAGCCGCGCAUCAUCUACAACAAUGGAUCGGAUGAUGGUAGUUACCAGAAUUCGUCCCAGCGACCGAUAUACAGUGCUGAGAAUGUCCUGGCUGAUUCGGGAUAUGGCGGAGGAGCCGGAGUGGGCUUGGGUGUGAGUGUCGGAUCAGGAGGUGUGCCCAGCUACUAUCCCGAUAUGGGCACCCCUCAGGGCUUCUAUGGAGGAGCAGCCCUGCCCCGAACUCCUCUGAUGCACAAUCGCAUGAGACGGCGGCAGUCCAGGGAACUGCAGAUGCAGCAGGAGGAACUGGCCCAACUCUCGCAGGUCUCGGAUGUGAGUGGAGGAAAAGGGUCUGGCAAUGAAGGGUCAUCAAGCGCUGGAGGUGCUUCGGAUGGAAAUGCCACCGAGAGAAGAAAACCAGAGCAGAUGCGUUCCGUUUCAGAGGAUUCGGGAGCCAAGACGACACCCAAGCCGGUCACACGACGAUCCUUUUCGCAUCCUGAAAAGGACACGCAGCCCACGAAGAAAACGGAGAUUACGAAAAUACCCAGUCCGCGACCUUUGGCCGAUAUUUUGGACAAGACCCGAGGAAAUUCCAAAAUUCCACAGGCAAGACGCCGAAAUAGUCGCACUGGAAUUGGCGAAGCCGAGGAGGGUAGCACGCCCCAGCACAUUUACUCCUUCCAUCAACAGCUUAUGCAUAGAAACUCUGAUUUAGCCAUGCGCCUGAAAAAAACAGAAAUUCCUGUCGCCUCAGUAGCAUCAGCCAGCCAGGAGGAGAAUCCGAAUCCCCCAGGGGAACCGGGCCAAGGAUCUGGAGCGGAGCAGCCGGUCAACGGCAAGUCCCUCGAGACCUCGGCCAACAAGGAUAGCGGCGACCCGAACAGCGCAUCGGAAGCCACCCACACCAGCACUUUGGGCGAACAGGAGCUGCAAAAUGCAGUGGAGGCCGCGGCGGUCGUCUUCAAGAAGGUCGUGCUGCAGCGUCGCAAGGAAAAGGAGAAGGCGGCCGAAGAAGGAGUGCAGCAGCUGUCCGUGGCUUCCGGUGAUAUCGGUGGUGGAGGAGUGGGUGAUGCCAUGGAAACGUCGUCGUCAUCGGAGCUAGACUUCAGGUGUUCCACCCAGCACGGACGCCAGCAGCAGCAGUCGCAAUAUAGCGUUGAAGCCGACGAGUUCAAGCUCGUCUUCCUCAACUCGGAUUCAUCUUCGUCCUGUCACGGGGAGGAGGAGGAGGAGGAAGAGGAGGAGGAUGACACGGAUUCGUCCUGCUCCACGCACCACUGUCACAGCAUUGUGAGCAAUGUGGAGGACUGCGAUUGGGAUUACUUUGAACCGUCCAUGAUCUCCACCACCACGACCACCACAACUACAAUGAUUGCUUAUACCACGGCACGAGCCACCCCCACUCCGCCGCCGCGUGUGAGGCGUCAGUCCAGCGACAGUGAUUCCCCGCUGGUGCAGAGGCGCCCCCAGCAAAUGAGGAGUAGCUACUGUCCAAGGAUCAGAGAGAGUGACACGGGGACCGAUGAGGAGUUUGUCCUGAACACCGAGAGCAGCUCGCAGACAAGCUCGGAUCAAACACCUCCACCCGUGCCACCACCGCCUCAUCCACUGAGCAUGAAGACCAGGAUUAAGACCCGAUUUCUGAAGAAUCACCAUCACCACAGCCACAACCGAUGCAACUGCAAUCCCAGCCAGCAGCAACAGCAGCCGCAGUAUGUGCCCAUUCCCGUGCCCGUGCCCAUUCCAGUGCCCAUGGCCGCCUAUCCCAACUGGCCUGAAGUGUCCGGUAAUCCUCUCCUGGAGCAGGAUGAACAGCUGGCCGCCAGUCUGCAGCAACUUUGGAAGGCAGCCGGCCACCAACAGCAAUUUGCCGCCAUAGUUGCAGCCUACUCGCAGCAAUUCGCUGCGGCCAGUAGCAACAUGUUCGACGCAACGCCGCCGGUGACCAGCAAAAGCUACCAACAGCUGCCCACCACUCCGCCGCCGAUGCCACAACGCUUGCGCGGAUUGGGUGGCUUCAAGUCCUCGGCGCCGGAACUGAGUGCCUCGCUGGGAUCACUGAUGACGCAGUCCCUGUGCUCCACCAUAUCCUCCUCCUCGUCGUCGAGCACUUCGGGCUAUGGGACGGCGGGACGGAGCCUGGAAACACUGGCCAGUCCAAUCCGAGCUGCCAACUCGCUGCAGCAGCAAUACCAACAACAACAGCAGCAGCAACAUCAACAAAUGGCCAGCAAUGCUUUCAAGCCAAAGCCAACAAGUUUAGUAGCGUCGCGUUCGCCGACGGGUGAGCAACAAGAAACGAGCAACGCGCGUCGCAGCAGCAACAACAGUGAGAGCGACGACAGCAACAGCAACACCAAGAGCAGCAGCAGCAGCAGCAAGAGCAACAACAACGCAACGCCCACAACGGGUAGAUUGUGUAAUGUUUAUGAUAAAACCGGCACAUUGCCAGUGCCCGCCGUUCAGGCACAUGUUGCCAGUGUAGAUAAGAGCACAGCGGCAGCACCAGCAGCAAUAUCAACACUAGCAACAGCAACACCAGCGACAUCCACAAAGGGAACCGCUCAGAGAGUGGCCAGUAAAUACCAGAGCCGAAAUCUAUGCGAAACCCAGCCAGCGGCAACAACACAAACCUACCUGGCCAGUAACAACAGCCACGAAGAAGUGGAAGCAGCAGACGAAACGAAUAUACAUAAAAAUCAAGUACCAGCAGCAGCAGCAGCAGCAACACAAACACAAACAGCAACUAGAGCUGCGGCUCCUGCGGUAAUAACUCGUUUCGGCGGACUUGCAGUCGAAAAUGCUGUUGGAAAUGUGGCUAAAAGUGCCAGUCCCAGUCCCAGUCCCAAACCCAGAGCCCAGCACCCAGACCAGAUAGAUCAGCGGGCGACAGCGGAGAUUGCCAAGAAUUUGUCCUCCAAUCGACUUAUACAGAACAUCAAGAUGUCCGAUGAGGCAUCGGCUUCGGCAUCGGGAUCGGCCCAUCUGCAGAGCGAGAGCUAUGCGGCAAGUAGUCCAGAUGAGGCUAGUAGCAAUAGCAGUCAGGAGGAUCAGGAGUUGGACAAGAAACCCCGAAAGACCACUCAAAGAAGCUACAAUGUUGCAGGAAUGAUGGAGGAGCAAAAAGAGGAGGUGGUGCCAGAGCAGCAGGAGCAGGAGCAUCGCCACCACAGCACCACCAGUGGUUCCAGCUCAAGCUCCAGCUCAAACUCCAGUUCCAGCUCAGAAUCCUGCGAUUCGGAUGAUACGGGCACCGUACGCGAUCGCAGGCCCAAAAGAAGGCGGUUCAACAAGGUGUUUAUCGUUAACCGCCAGCCAGGAGCACGGGUGAGACGCAGUUCCUCCACCGAGGGAGAUUCCCUCUCCUCCUCUGAGGCAAAUCUAGAAGACUCAUCCGACAAUGAUACAGACACCGAGCGAACGGAUUGUGGGAUAGUACUCAACUAUGUGAAGCCCCUUGAGGAGGAGCCCAAGAAAGCGGAGGAGGCGGCGCCAGCUGCACGUGAUUGCCAAUCGAGUGACGAAGACGACGGCGACGACGACGAUGAUGAAAGUGAACGCCGUGUUGCCAACUCAAGCGAUGAGCUGGCCAACUGCAUUGUGGUGGUGGGCGGGCAGACGGACGACGCCGCCGGCGUGGUGCUGCACCACAUGCGAUCGCUGUCAGACGGGGAGCAAUCAGAGCGCCGCCAACAGCCCAUUGAGGAUAGCGAUGCCCUGGCCGCCUGCGAUGAGCUGCACAGCAUCUCGAACGAUGUCAAUCGGUUGCUGGAGCUGCACAAGCAGAAUUCCCAGCUGGAGAUGAAGCUACAACGCCUCCGACAGGGAGUGGCCGAAAUCAAUGAGGAUCUGCAGUUGUCCACGGCGGGCACUGAUGUGGCUGCCACCCACAACCGGGCAGGUAGUCCGGGGAAGCCCGACGAGUGCAGCCCUUCUUGGAAAAGCCCCUCGACCGUGCUAAGUUCUAAUGACCGCCUCACCUGCCCGCAGGUAAAGCAGCAGCAGCAACAGCAACAUCAACAACAGCACCAGGUAAAGGCAAACAGCAACAGCGAUUGUAAACUGGUGGAUGGGCGAACAGCUGAGCAAAUUCAGAGGGUCGGCACAUGCAGCCAAGCAUGCAAAAUAAACGACAACAGUGACUACUCGCUGGAUUCACUCUCGGCGGCGAGUUUCUUGGCACCUGAGCAGGUAGAAGAGAGCUCUCGCUUACCUGUCGCUCGCACUCACGAGCAGCAAUAUCGCUUCGAAUCGAAAUCGGAGUCGGCGGAGUCGCCAGUCGAAAAUGAAAUGUUAAACGUUGCGGUCGCUCCACGCUCCGCGCUUUUCAGCGGCAACAACAGUAACAGCAACAACGAUAAUAGCACUAACGAAAACACUAAAAACAACAACGAACUUGGCCAUAAUAAUAAUGACGCUUUCGCAGCACAAAAGACGAGAAAUAGCGGCUCGAGUGUUGUUGUCGACGGCGGCAGCAGCAGCAGUGACGUAGUGAGUGUGAAUUCAAACGUGAGUGGCGAAAACGCAGAGUGUGACUUCGACAAAAUAUUCGGUAGUCAUCAGAAAAACACUCCAAGUGCAGCAGCAACAACACCUGACACACCUGCAACAUCGCCCAGCGAACUGGCUUCGCCCAAAAAUUCACUUUCAGCCAAGUAUCGCAGUUUGGUCAUGAUCACCAAAGACAAUGAAAGUGCAGCUGGUGAUUACGAAAUGGCAAACAGCAGUAGCACCAGCAGCAACAGCAACAUACACGACAGCAACUCCGGCCGCAGCAGCAACAAAGGCCCGUCCAGCAGCAACACUUUUGCCCAGAACUUUGCAGGUGACUCAUUUCGCGCCAUGGAGCCAACGGAACUCGUGAGCAGCGAUCGCGAAUCGUACAGUGUGGACUCGCUAAACGAACCGCCCGCUGUGCCGGAACUCAGUGUGGAGGACGGCCUGGCGGAUGAUGAUUCCUGGGUGGAGGAGCUGAGCCAGCGGGGCGAGGAUGAUGAUGAGGACCUGAGCAAUGCCACCACCACACCUACGGCCACGGAUUCCGAGGAUGCGGAGGGCGAAAAUGAUGGAAGCCGGCGACAUGGCUAUUUGGAUAGAGAGGAGGAGCUGAGGGGCUAUAAUAGAUCUGCGAUUGACUUCACCCUGCACACGAUAGUCGAGGAGAGCUGUGAGGAGAGCGAGGUGGCCUCCAUGCGGGCGGACAACGAGGAUGGCGAAAUGGAGGAUGAGGAUUUAGCGGAGAGGCGAAGACAGCGCACCCUGCAGCACCACCACCGAUUAAGUGCCUCCGAACUGGAGAAGUACUUCUUCUUUGGCCUGGGCGACGGGCGAGUGAUGAGCUCCAUCGAUACACGCGGGGAUGACACCGCUUCCGAGGUGAGUUCCGAGUGCUCCGAGAGCCUGGACUCUUUGCCCCACGAGGAUCAGCUAAUGGAGAGUGGUGGCGCCUCCGAUCUGGCCUCUUCCCGCCUAGAGAAGUACUUCCUGUCCGGAUUCAUGGGCUUCAGUGGUGCAGAAAAACAAGGUGAAAGUGAUGAGAGUGGUGGCAGUGUGGGAAGCGAUAGUGAAGGACAUCCGAGUCCCAGUCAGAGGAGGAAGCGUUUGGUGAGAGCCCGGGGAACCCCGCGAAGCCACAACUCCUCGCUGGACAAUCUACUCCUGCCAGACGCAGACACCUUGGAUGCCACGGUGACAUCUGCAGGCGGAGCAGCUUCAGCCACUGUGGAGGACACCUCGGAAUCGGAGGCGGGCUGUGACGACACUGUGAUCCAUUUGGCCAACGCCGGAGCCUCAGAUGGCUCCUCCUCGGACACCAUUAAGCGCAAGAAGCAGCUGCGCAAGCGUCACGACUCACUGGAUGAGAAGAAGCUGCACGAUCUGGAGCCCUCCGAGUGCCGCACACCCACUCCAGGUGGCAGUGGUCAAGUGCAGAUGCAGUCCCAGGCCAAGAAGCAGCAGCAACAGCACCACCACAGCCGGGACAGUGGAUUCGUGGGCAGUAACGAUGAUCUUUUGAAGGCGGCGCCGGACUGUGAGCCUCCCAAGAGUCCCACUCCUGCCCUGGAGCAGAUCAGUGAGGAUCGGGAACCGGCCCACAGUCAGAUAAGUCUGGCCAAGAUGGAUUUGCCAAGCACUUCAGCUGCUGCCGCGGCCACUCCAGCUCCCAGCCAACUAAGGAAUCUGGCCCUGCCCAACCUGGUGCGCAAAGACAGCUUCAACAAUUGGAGUUCGGAUGAGGAGACCAACCUGAUGAUGAGCAAAAUGAGGCAGUUCUUCAAGACCCUGAUUGUGGCCACUGCAAAUGCGCAGCAGAGCAAGCCCACCACGCCCAAUGCCAAUGCCAACGCCAACACCACGCCCACGCCCAGUUCCCAGAGCAGAUUGGCCAAAUCCCGGCCAGCCCAGUUGGCCUACUUCGAGAACGAGCUGACGCGACUGAUGAAAACGGUGCCGGGAAUCAACGAUGAGCAGGUGCGCGAAAUAGUGGAGUACCUGAGCAGUGAGGACACGUGGUCCGAUUCGUACGACUCCUCGGACUACACGAGCUCGGAUCUGGAGGGCGGUGAACGGAAGGGCCAGCUGAAGGCCCAGAUCUCGGCCAGCUGCCAGCAGAUAAUCAACAAGUUCGAGAUCGACGAGGAGGGCGAUCGCGGUGAUGGUGGCCUGCUGGACGAGAGUCAAAGUGUGCCCAUGGAGGCUUUGGUCUAUCAAAAGCUGGUGGCUUCGUUUAGCAAGGUGGCGGCGGGAGGAGAACCCGAAAUAGAGACUGCCCAGGAGGUUGAGGAAACGGAGCAGUCAACCACUGAGAGAUCUCCGCAACUGUUUGCCAAGGUGAUGCAGCAUAUCGGCACCAGGCUGGUGGCUCUGAUGCACGAGGUGAGCAGUGGCAAUGAGACGCCCACUCCGUCGCCGCAAAACCAGCGGCACCACCGAAGACUGCAGGCCAAGAUCUCGGCCACCACGACGGAGGAUGAGGAAGAUGAGGUGGAGGAGCAACUGAGGGCCAUGCCCAUUAAACAGCUGAAACUUCGGAGCAGAUCCCAUGAUCUCCUGCUGGAUGGCACCUCGCCCCACUCACAUCACCUGCACCACCAGGCCACGGGGCAUCAUCCGGGCGGUGGGGCAGCCGGAGCAGGAGGCUCCGCCGGACCCGGACACUCGGACAACGCCGGCGAGGAGUGCGGCGUGGCCAGCGACUACGAGCGGUUCUCGUGGCGCGGCAGUUUUGAGUCGGCAUUACUGGCUAAUGGCGACAGCAGAACGAGGCUCAGCCAGCUGAGCCAACUGGACAGGGAUAACUCGUCGUCUGCGUCCGCUUUGGCUGUUGCAAAGCGCCGAUCUGCAGGCGACCUUCUCUUCAGCCAGCACCAGCAGAGCCUGAGCCGCGAGCAACUGGACCGGGUGCGAUCCUGCGGCAGCAUCGGCGGCGGCGAUGCCCACCACCACCAGUUGGAGUCCUCUCCCGCCAAGCCGUGGCUCUCCUCCGCGGGAUCUUCGAUUGGCGGUGACUCCACAAAGGAUGUGCGGCGUUCAAGUGUACCGGAUGCCAUCUACGAAACGGAUUCCAGUGAUGAGGCAGCCUCGAAUCAGUUUGGCGGCGCCAGAUCCACUCUGCCGCGCAGUCUGAACUCCGGCCAGGUGGUGGCCAGCACGAACUCCCUGCCCCGGCUACCCACCACCGGAGUGGGUGGCGCACCCAUGACCAGCACGCCCAAGACAAAGUCACAGAGCGCCCUCAACCAUACUCCCUCCAACUCAUCCACCGUUUCGGCCACUGGCAGUGCCAAGAGUGCGAGAUACCGCUCGCCAGGAUUGGCCGCUCGGGCGGCAGCUGUCAGUGGUGGAGGAGGAGGAGUGGGGGGAGUUGGAGGCGGGGGAGUGGGCGGUGCCGGUGGCAGUGGUUCCACGGGCAAAAAACUAGGCGCGGGCUUCCAGUUCCUCUACUCCAAACGCGAUGCGCGCAAACGUCUCAACAUGUCAGCGGAGGAGGCCAAAGUGGCCGCCGAGGAGCUCACUCGAUCGCCGGUGAUUGGACAGCGGCAGGCAGAUGGCACCGGCAGUCCCAUCCAGUCGCGUGCCUCCAGCGAAACGUGGCCCACCCAGUCGGAUGAGGACAUCGAUCGGCUGGUGGCCAUGCACCAAAAUCGCAGCAGUCUCAGCUCGCUGGGGGUGCGUUCGGAGUCCAUGGCCAGCGUUUAUUCGGGAGCGGGCGAAGGUCGCUAUGGCACCGUGGUGGUCAAAGGUCAAGUGGAGUUUGCCAUGCAGUACAACUACAAGCUGAGCGCCCUGGAAAUCCACGUGGUGCGUUGCAAGGACUUGGCUGCCGUUGAUGCCAAGCGUAAUCGCAGUGAUCCCUAUGUCAAGGUAUAUCUGCUGCCCGACAAAUCAAAGGCCGGCAAGCGCAAAACCAAAGUCAAGAAGCAUACGCUGAAUCCCAUCUUCGAUGAGACGAUGCGCUUCCACACACCCAUUUCCAGUCUGGAGUCGCGAACUCUGUGGCUGACGGUCUGGCACUCGGAUAUGUUUGGGCGGAACGACUUCCUCGGCGAAGUCAGUGUCAAUUUGCAGGGUCGCCUCUUCGACAAUCCCCAGUCGCAGUGGUACCUUCUCCAAGAGCGCAGUGAACCCUUUGACGAAGUGGCCACUUACAGAGGCGACAUUGUGGUGGGCCUGAAGUACAUUCCACCGGAGAGCAUUAAGUCGUCGUUCUUCUCGCGCGGUUCCUCGCUAACGGGCAGCUCCUCCAACCUGCGAAAGUUUGGAGGCAGCAUCAAGUCGGUGGCCUCCAAAUCGGACCGGACUUCGAAGGGAGGCCAGCUGCAUGUGCUGGUCAAGGAGGCCAAGCACCUGAGUCCCAUCAAGGCCAACGGCACAUGCGAUGCCUUCUGCAAAAGUUAUUUAUUGCCUGAUCGCACGCGGAGCUCCAAGCAAAAGACGCCGGUGGUGAAGCGCACUUUGCAUCCCAGUUGGAACUACACCUUCGUUUACGAGGAUGUCUCCCUGGAGGAAUUGUCAGAACGGGCCUUGGAGCUCACCGUGUGGGAUCACGAUCGCCUGGCCAGCAAUGAGUUUGUUGGCGGCAUACGUUUCUCCUUGGGAACAGGUCGCAGCUAUGGCCGCCAAGUCGAGUGGAUGGAUGCCACUGGAAAGGAGCUAUCCCUGUGGCAGAACAUGCUGGAUCGACCCAACUUUUGGGUGGAGGGCAGUUUGGUGCUGCGUUCCACUUUGGAUGGCAUUCGAGCCAAUUUGCCAUAGGCCGAUCCUGAAGAUUAUUAACUUAUUGUUUAGAACCAGGACAAAUCACAAACUCGCAGUUUGAAUUGCCAAUGGCACACUGCAUUGUAUUGUAUUGUAUUGUAAUAACUAUGCGAUAAUUAUCAAUUAACGAUCACUACGACUCUGAGAAGCAUUACUAGCGGUAUAAGAAAGCAAAACGAUUGUAACAUUCACAAGUUAGAGUUAAGAGUGUGGAAUGAUGAUUUCUGAAUACUCGAAUACGUCGGAAAAUGGCGAUGACGCUGCCAGAACCGUUGAUACGCAAAAAAAAAAACAAAAAGCAAAGUAAUCAAGGCAGACAUGAGAAACUAAGAAAAAAACCUUAUCAAGUUUAUGGCACUAAUUGUAAGCGCAAUUCUCAGCUAUUCGAUGCAGAUAAAAAACUAAAACUGUAAAGCAAAACGAUGAGGUCCCAAGGUCGGGCCGCCUAGAUAUUAAGACAGUUUGUAUGUGUGUGUUUUUUUCCCCUCUCCCCUCUGAGAGGCAUUCGCAAUUGGCAUACUAUAUGCGCUAAACUACGAUAAAACUAGAACUAAACAUACAGUUAAAACCUAGUUAAAUCGAGGCAUAAGCUUACUUUGUAAACCUAUCCAUAAUAUCCGAAAAAUACAAAUAACAUUUUUGUAAAUUCAA